AUGGAGACCCAAGACGAGCUUCGGCCCAUCCCAGCCUACUACUGCUGCUAUCUCCUUCGGUCUACCGUCCGACACGCCUCGCUCUAUAUCGGCUCAACGCCCAAUCCCAUCAGACGACUGCCUCAGCACAAUGGCACGGUCAAAGGGGGCGCCAAACGUACCUCUCGGGAUAAAUUACGGCCCUGGGAAAUGGCGCUCGUGGUGGAGGGCUUUAUGAGUCGAGUAGGAGCUCUUCAAUUUGAAUGGGCUUGGCAACAUCCCGAAAGGUCACGACACAUUGAGCUUGAUGACGGUGACCUCCCUAGCUCGCAGGCCAAAGUCACUGUUUGUCGGCACACGGGAAAGACCAUUCCGCGUACCUCGCGCAGAAGAUCCUUGACGGCCCACCUAGAGGAUCUGCAUUUCCUACUUCGAUCAUCGUAUUUCACUACCUGGCCGCUACGAGUACGAUUCUUCUGCGCGGAUGUCUACCGCGUAUGGAAAGUUUGGAAUGAGCGUGUGGAGACCUCCUUACCUUUCUCCAAAAUCAUCCUAGACGGGAACUGUCCAAGACAAGGCGACGCAGGUACUGCAGUGGGUGGCAUCAAUCAGCUAUCGGUCGACUACACUAAACUCGAAGACUACCUGGAGAAAUCCAUGUUUGCUCUGGACGACGCGGAGGAUCUACACUGCGCAGUAUGCAAAAAGCCAGUGAACCCCGAUACGCAGCAAAUAGUGGUGUGUCCACGAACAUCUUGCCGUGGCACGAAUCAUCUAUUAUGUCUAUCUGCCAAAUUUCUUGAAAACUCCGACGACCCGGAUACGUUCGUGCCAACGCAGGGAACCUGCCCGACGUGCAAAGAAGUCGUGCAAUGGCCAAUAAUGAUGCAAGAAUUGAGUUUUCGCAGCCGUGCCGAAAGGGAAGUCCGUACGAUUCUGCGACGAAAAGAAAAGCGCGAGCGCAAAGAAUCUGCGAAGCAGUCACCCAGCAACAAAAGCAAGACCAAGACAUCCAAUGUGCGAAAGUCUUCUGUGGAACCAACAUUCGAUGCCCAGUCACAGCCUGCGCCAGAUGAUAUGUCUCAGGAUGACCCCCAGUUAGACGAAAACUGGUGUGAGGCGGUCGAGGUGGAAUCAGACACGGAAUUCGGAACUCGACAGCAUUCAUCUCCGGCUUCAUCCAGAUUGGAGAUCGUCAUUGAAGAUAGCGAAUGGGAAGAUGCAGAACUCGUGGAAUGA